AUAUCUACCGAAUUUAUUGGAUUCUACUUCUUCAAAUGAAGAAUCUGGCCGAAUACACCAGACGGAAUGUAUUGAUCCUUAUAUUAACAGCCAUCAUGUGUCUGGUUUAUACCUCGCGCUACGGUGGAGAGCUGCGGCCGGAAGCAUAAAAUCUAGGCCACUCGCCCGGAUCGUCAGUUGACUUGCCUCGCCGAACAAGAUCCAACCAGCCUAGUCCAAAUCUGUGCUAUCGUCGGAAGCGCCUCAUUCAGCUUUCAAAAUGAGAACCUCACUUUAUGCCGCACUUGCUGCCAUAGGUGCCACCAAUGUGGCCGGGCAUUCUCUCUUCCAAGCCCUUUGGGUUGAUGGCGUCGACAUGGCCGGUCAAUGUAUCCGGAUGCCCUCAUCUAACAGCCCGGUUACGAGCGUUAACAGCCCCGACAUUCGAUGCAAUGUAGGAGGCACCAGAGGUGUUGCAGGCAAAUGUGCGGUGAAGCCAGGCAGCACUGUGACGAUCGAGAUGCACGCGCAACCCGGCGACCGAAAGUGCGGUAGCGAAGCCAUUGGCGGAGCGCACUACGGACCCGUAAAUGUCUACAUGAGCCAGGUUCCCGACGCCUCGAAAGCCGACGGAUCGACUCCGUGGUACAAGAUCUUCGCCGACUCCUGGUCUGCGAAAGGCUCAGUGGGCGAUGGAGAUAAUUGGGGAACCAAUGACCUCAACUCCUGCUGUGGCAAGAUGGACGUCCCAAUCCCCGCAGAUACCCCUGACGGAGACUAUCUCCUCCGAGCUGAAGUUAUCGCCUUGCACACGGCAUCCUCCGCUGGCGGUGCCCAGUUCUACAUCUCUUGCUACCAGAUCACAGUUGCGGGCGGCGCCACUAAUAGAGUUACUGCCUUACCAGCCGGUGUUAGCUUUCCCGGUGCGCUUAAGAGCAGUGACCCCGGCAUCCAGAUCAACAUUCACUCUAAGAUAUCCUCGUACGUGAACCCCGGACCUGCCGUUAUCGCCAGCGGCACCACGAAGGUGGCCGGCUCCGGCUGCUCGGCUGGCUGCGCGAAGACAUGCGCUGUUGGAUCCGGACCUGUCGGGACCGCUAUUGGGGCAGCCCCUAAGCCGACAUCGGGCGCUGGCGCUGGUACCGGCGGCGAGGCCGGUUGCGCUCAGUCGAGAUAUCAACAGUGCGGUGGACAGGGAUAUACCGGCUGCACGGCAUGUGCCGAUGGACUAACCUGUCAAGACGUGUCUGCACCAUACUACUCUCAGUGUGCAUAAAGGAAUGCAGCAAACGUGUUUGGGAGACGUAGUCGCUUAUUCGUAUUCGAUCAUUCGUAUUCGCAUUUGUGGCUUCGUUAAGACAGUACUUGAAGUUUAGGCGUCGUCGUCAAUAGUUGUAUAGCAUAAAUUUAAGGCUCUGCAUGUAAUGGCGUAUCACGCAAUACCUAGUAUGGCGUAC